AUGAUCAACUCGGAGUUGAUUUCACAGGCGCUGGAAGGAACUGCCAAUGACAGCUGCUCCUCUUUUCCCGAGAAGAAAAAGCAACCGCAGGCUUGGGGCAUGUCGGUGGGCUUGCUUUGGAAGCUUUGGCUCUACAUCCGGGAAGACCUCUUGGGGUAUGCCGCUGCACAUCGAACUGAUGGUAAGACUGAUGGCAAGCGCCUCGUCGAUCCGUGCUUGUGGACGCACUGGGCGGAUGACGUUCAACCCACCUCCAGUGGGGCUGCCUCCAGCGACGGGUGCGAGAGGAUGAGGGGAGACAUGCACUUGGUGGUGCAACGCUACGUCCUACCCUGGACCAAGACCUUUGACGCUGGCUUGGCCUUGGUUUUGAACGCCGGAGGAAUAGCCUGGUCGAGAAAGUCGGCCGACUUGUUCUGCAUGGCGAGCACUUUUGUUUCGCACAGCUGGGCCGAAGCCUUUGAAGAUUUCGCGCUCACCUUGCAUCGACUCCUGGAUGAAGAGGCCGUGGUUUGGAUUUGCAGCUUUGCUUUGUGGCAGCAUGGAGACAUCUCAGCCAGUUUGUCCUCCUUGGAUAGAUGUCCUUUCGCCAUCGGCAUGCGUGCCGCGCGACGGGUUCUGGUGCUCACGGAUCACAGUGCAGAUACCUUGGAACGCUGCUGGGUGGUCUUCGAGGCAGCCUUGGCACAUGAGCUGGGGAAGGAGAUGGGAUGGGACAUCGACUACAACAUUUGCUUACCCGAUGACGGGGACGCCGCCUCCUGGCGCAUCGUAGGCCAUAAACUCGAGCAGCUGGACGUGGAGGCCUGCAGGGCAUCCAACAAGCGGGACAAAGAGGAGAUUUUGAGCUUCAUCCGAAAGCAGAAGGGCGGCAUUUUCGCGUUGAACAGCAACGUGCGCAUGCUGGCUCGGCAAGCAAUGGAAAGGUCAGAGCUGAUGGCUGCCGCAGUAGCAGGUGACCUAGGACGCAUCGACCGCGCGACUGACGAAGAGCUCUUGACUUGGCGAAACAUCCGGGGACGCACAGUGACCCAUGUGGCAGCAGCCUGCUCCCAGGUGGCCGCCUUGGUGAAGGUCCUGGAGCGAACAAAGUUUGCUCAUCUCAACUCGUUGGAUGAGGACUCCCGCUCCCCGCUUGGGGUGGCGGUCGAAAGUAGUCAAGUUGCCUCAGUCUUGGCCCUGCUCGCCCUACGCGCGGACAUUGAGCUGCGCAAGAGCGACGCGGGCCACACGGCGCUGCACUUGGCGGCGAUGCAUGGGAAUCCGGACAUCACCCAGGCCCUGGUGGACAUGAAGGGUGACUUCGAGGCCGAGACCAUCUACAAUGGCCGAAUGGGAUACCGACCCAUCACGAUCGCUUGCAACGAGGGAAAUGUGAAGAUUGUAAGGUUGCUGGUGGACAGCAGAGCCAACAUGCUCGCAAGGACCUCCACAGGCGCUGCGGCGCUACACGUGGCAGCCUGGACGGGCCACUCAGAAGCGGCAGCGGUGCUGCUGGCACGGAAGGCGGAUGUGAACAUCACCACCAAGGACGUGUUUCAGCGGACGCCUUUGUCUUUGGCUUUGAUGAAUGGACAUUCUGCCACCGUGGGCCUGCUUCUAGGAGCCAAGGCGCCUAAGCACCCAAAGUACGUCACCGGAGGACGUGGCCAGAGAAGAACCGUUGGCCCAUGUACACCAAUUUUGGGGCCGACAACAAGUGGUGCAUGGAAUGCAGACUCAAUGAUAGCGACAGCGAAGAAGAGUGUGGACUGUGCGGAGGUGCCCAAAGCAGACCCCGAGAUGUUGUAA